AAGAUCAUCUCAUGUUUUCAUAAGAAUCAAGAGAGAUAAAAAUUUCCAAGAAUCUGAAUAACAUGACAAGGUACAAGAACGACAAGAAUAAUAACAAUUAGAGUUAAUUGUAAUUCGUAUAUGCACAAAUUUCGUUGUGAGAGCAAGUCCUUUUUUUUCCGGUUCGAGUUUUCAGCUUGAAGAAACACUGAAAACUUUUCAAGCUCACGAACAAAAUAUCAACCAUUUUCAUCCAAGGAAAUAGGAAGGAAAUCUCACCCUUCGUCAUCAUGAAUUCAACUCCCACUUUCUCUUUCUCUUCUUAAAAAUCAUAUUACAACCUGAGAAAACCUUGUUCUCCAGGUAACAAUUGAUUAGAACAAUUUUUUUUCUCUCAACUUAUUCACUUUUGUUUGAACGGACAACAAGCGAUAAACAGAGAGUAAGAGAAAAAAAAAUAGAAAAAAGUGAAAAAAAGUUUCGAUUUUGAACCUUAGCUCCUUUUUUGUGAACACUCGCUGGACAUCGUGAAGCCAAAUCAUCGUUUUAAUAUGUUAACGUUAAAAAUCAAUGUGAUUCUUGAUCGGACAAUCAACUAAUUGCUACCAUUGUGUUAAAAAGUGAAAAGUGAUUUACAAUUUUUCGGAUAAUUGUGCAAAUUAAGUUUCUCUUUGUGAUAAAUUGGAUAAUCAUAAUUUUCUUACCUUGUCAUUUGCUUUAACUCAUAUUCUUGACCAUCGAUUGACCACUAAUUAUUUUGGAAAAAUUUUCGUUUCUCUCUCGUUUAUUGGAUUGAUUGUUUUCUGUGCACAAAACAAAUUAACUCAUUAAUUGUUCAUAAUGAGACAAAGUAGUCGUUCACUGGCUUCCAAUGUAUCUCGAGGCAGUAAUGGUAAUCUCACUCAUGUACCUAACGGGAUGAUGGGUAGUGGAGGUGGUGGUGGUGUUGGUGUUAAUCGUAACAAUCAACACCAUAGUUCAAAUGGUUUACAUGGUAUCGAUAAUGUUUGUCUUAAUAUUGAUUCGUAUUUAGAUGAUCUAGAUCAAAAUAUGGAUCCAAUUAACGUGAAUAAAGGUUCACCUACAGGCUCAUCGAUGAUACGACCUUCCGUUACCUCGAAUAGUUUACCAUCAACAUCAACCGAUUAUAAGAACUGGUCAAUGGUCAGUAAAUCAUCAAUUCGUCGUCUUUCCCUUGAACAACAAGAUAUCGUUAAGGAAAAACCAACUGAACCUUCAGACGCUUUUCUUGCCUUUCCUUUUGAAUAUUCAUCCCAUUCAACCAAUUCAAUUGUCCGACUUGUUUGGCGUAAUUUAACUUACACUUCACCGAAAGCACCGAAAAAACCCCCGACCACACCAACGGGCACCAGUUCUAUGGGUCCAAUUAUACGUCGAGUUAUUUUAGAUAAACAAAACGGUGAAAUUACCGGUGGAACCCUGACCGCAAUCAUUGGCCCUUCGGGUGCAGGUAAAUCAACAUUACUUGAAAGUUUAGCUGGUCGACGGACUAAAGGUCUUAAAGGUUCAAUCAUGGUUACCUAUGAUCGCGAUUACCUUGAGACAAGUGAAGAAAGUAGGUCAAUUAAGAUCUCUUUCAUUGGUCAAAAGGAUCAGCUAAUUGGUGAGCUAACGGUCCGAGAGACUCUUAUGUUUGCCUCAAGGUUAAAAAAUUACAAACGAAUUCGUAACUCAUAUUAUCAUCCAAGGUUAGUUAACUCCGUUUUAAAGGCACUUACCCUUGAAGGAUGUGCUGAGGUCAGGGUUGGCCGUAUCUCGGGAGGCCAAUUGAAACGGGUAACCUUUGCAAUUGAGUUAAUCUCAGGUCCAGAUAUACUUAUGUUGGAUGAGCCAACCUCCGGUUUAGAUUCAUCGUCAACCUAUUCUUGUAUCUCCCUGUUAAGACAAUUAACCGAUCUCCGUCAUAACGGUAAUUAUUAUAAACCACCGGCCAUUAUUUGCUCCAUUCAUCAACCCUCGGCAAGAGUGUUAAACAUUUUCCACCAAAUGUAUGUCCUCUCCUCCGAUGGUCGGUGUCUCUACCAGGGUUCACCCACUUCACUGUUAUCUCAUCUUUCCCGUCACGAUUUAACUUGUCCUCAGUUUCACAAUCCAGCAGAUUUUAUCAUUGAAGUUGCAUCAGGUGAUUAUGGCCUUGAGCCGAUCAAUAAAUUGGCCCUUUACGAGUCAACCAAACAGAUGACAUUGAUUAACGAUGAGAAAACAAUGUAUCUCUCUUGUCGUAAAUUAAUUGUUCCCGGUUCUCGAUCGGGAGUUGAUUCGGACACAAUGAUGGUUGAUGAUCAAAUGGACCCGAUGAACAAUGGCCUGGGAAUGAUUACCGUCUCACCAAACGAGAAAAGGGUAAAAGUUACUCGAAUUGUUGAUAAAAUGAAGCAGCAAAAUUUUCCCGUUUUCUCUCAUUUUAUUAUUCUACUCACUCGAACUUAUUUAACAACAAUUCGCGAUCCAAAGUUGACCUGGUUUCGUAUCGGUCAAGCAAUUUUCAUCGGUCUUCUUAUGUCUUAUCUGUACGAUUAUCCAAUCGGUGAAGCUGAUGGUUGUUUCCCCGCCAGUGUUAAUACUGGUAAUGGAGGUCUAUCCCUAGUCUCUAACAAUUUAACUUCAACGGAAUUGUCAAGCUUAAGUGCUAAUCUAAUUAACAAAAGUCCUGGGGCCGUUUUAGCAGCGACUCAGGAUAAUGUGGCUUUCAUUUUUUUCAUCACUCUGUUUACCGUUAUGGCCUGUAUGAUGCCGACGGUGUUGACCUUUCCCGCUGAGGUUGCAGUUCACAUUCAAGAGCGUAACAAUGGCUGGUACUCAUGUUGGACCUACUAUUGGACCAAAAUAAUCGCCGACACACCUUACCAAAUCGUGAUAACAACACUUUUCUGUUCAAUUGUCUAUCCAAUGACGGGACAAAUUUGGGACCAUUGGAGGUUCGCUUUGUUUAUAUUCAUCUCUAUUCUGAUUUCCAAUAUCGCACAAACGGUUGGAAUGCUUUUCGGUACAAUUUAUGUUCGAAGUGUUCAAAACGCCGUUUUCAUGGCUCCACUUUCAAUGGCACCCGUUUUCCUUUUAAGCGGCUUCUUUGGUAAAAUAUCUAAGGUACCGUUGGCCCUUAAACCGAUAGCAACCAUUUCCUAUGUUCGUUAUGCUUUCGAAGCGUUUCUCAUUGUUCUUUAUGGUUACGAUCGGUGUCCACCUCUAAAUCUAACAAUGGCUAAUCUAAAUUCAUCGCCAUCUUCAUCAUCCUCUUCCUCGGCAUCUCCCUCUUACUCCCUAUCAUAUGCUGCUCAAGACCUUCACUUUUCAACUGAACUUCCUCCAACCGAUUACGAAGAUGAAAACAUCUCAAGUUCACCCGAUUACCCUGGUGACCCUGAAUCGUCAACCGGAACUUCAUCCUAUUUAUAUGAUAGUUUACCCAAAAUUUGGUCUGGAUUUUACAAUCCACUUGAUUAUUUAAGACUCGCCGCUGAGUUACCUUCAUCUUCAUCAUCGCCCGAUCAGGUGACAUCUUCAUCUUUGAUUCUUAAUCAUUUCUCCCUGAAAGAUGAUUACCUUUGGCAGAAUAUUGCAAUUCUAAUUGCAAGUUUAACUCUUCUUCGUCUUCUAGCUUAUUUCAUCUUAAUGUAUAAAACAAAUGAGAGAAGAUAAUUAACUAAAUCAACUCUCUCAAU